AUGGGAAUAGUGAAAGUACAUUCGGCUAAUCAACAUCAACGUUCAUCAUAUCGUCGAAGAAACAUUCGAAAAACCGCAUCGGUCAAUGUCAUACGUAUUAAUCAUAAUCCGUCUCGAAUAAUACAUUCUGUCUCACCUACUAAUCGUAUAGAACAGGAAGUAACAAAUGAUCCAUCUACUAAAGAAAUCAUUGUUUUGACACCUACAAGUGAUAGACGUUUAGUAUGGUCCAAAGAGGCACGACUACGACCACCACCAGCACAACAUCCACUACUACCACUAGCACUACAGCAACAACGACGACUAGCAGCAACAACUACUCCAAUGCCACCAUGUACCCCAGUUUCUGUUGGCUCUUCCAGUAAUCUUUUAUCAGCAACGUCCGGUGGGUCUUCAUAUACGUGUUAUGCAUAUGCAUGGACACCACUUACUACCGGCACUGUUACUCUUACCUUUUCACUUCAACAUAAUCCUGCUUAUUGGUUUUUGGAUGAUGUAUCGGUGUAUAAUGGAGGUACUGAAAUGCUAAGUAACGGAGGUUUUGAAUCAGGUUCAUUCGCACCCGGUUGGAUCAAAGCCGCUCCGACUGGCUGUGGAUCAGGAACAACAGGAUAUAUUAGUUCAACAUACCAUCGCACUGGCAGUUAUGGUUAUGCGGAUGGUUGUAACAGUCACACUGAUCAACUCAGUCAAUCAUUUGUAGUUACAGCAGGACAAUCAUAUGUUGUCAGUUUUUGGUUAAAAUCUGGAGGGACUGGUUCUGGAAUAUCAAUUUCAGUUGACAUUUCUUAA